AUGAGUUUUACACAGCCUUGGUCGUGGACACUACUGGCGCUUUUUGCCGUGGUAAUCUGGAAAAUCUCCCGAGUUGGUCGCCGGCCUGGAAGCUUCCCCCCUGGACCGCCUACUCUGCCCUUGAUAGGCAACCUUCACCAGAUUCCGCAGAAUAGGUCUCAUGAGCAAUUUAAGAAAUGGGCGGACGAGUACGGACCCAUUUACUCCCUCAUCCUAGGGACGAGGAGAGUUGUUGUCCUAAACACUGAUCAAGGCGUCAAGGACAUGCUCGAUAAGAGAGGUAGCAUCUAUUCUUCCAGGCCUGACUCGCAUAUCACGGAUAUUGUGACUGGAGGGCUGAGCUUCGCCAUGAUGAAAUACAGCGACACCUGGAAGAUGUGCCAUCGCAUUUUUCAGGCCAGCUUGAGCCCCAAGGCCGCGGGCGCAUACCUCCCAUACCAGCGCCUUGAGAACCUGCAGAUGCUGAACGAGCUCGUUGAUGAUCCCAGCCAGUUCCGGGCCUCCAUCAGGCGCUAUACGCACUCGCUGAUGACGCAGCUCGUCCUGGGCUUCCGGACCGUGAACAAUGGGGACCCAAAGCUGCAGCAGCUGUAUAGCGACUUUGAGGCAUGGUCGGAGCUUUUGGGCAAGGCCAUCUCCGUCAUCGUGGACCUGUAUGAGCCUUUGCGAUUCUUGCCGGACGCCCUUCUUCCCGUGAGACAGCAAGCAAAGAAGCUUCACCAGGCGCAAUUGGGUCUCUUCCUGGACCACUGGCGCAGUGCCCGCAAGAGGAUUCAAGACCAGACUUCACAGCCCUGCAUGGCUCAGGACGUCCUCAAGGCGCAGAAGGAGGAAGGCUUCUCAGACGACCUCGCAAGCUACAUAUGCGGCUUCCUUCUUAUCGCUGGCUCGGAUACUAUUUCCACCCAACUCACUGUCUUCCUGGAGGCCAUGAUCCUCUUCCCAGACGUCCAGCGCGUUGCCCAGGAGGAGCUUGACAAGGUUUGCGGAGAUCGUCUCCCGGACAAGGACGAUCAGGCAAACCUGCCUUAUAUCCACGCGAUGAUUAAAGAAUCGUGCCGCUGGAUGCCCUCUGCGAUCCUCGGGAUUCCCCAUGCAAACAUCAAAGACGAUGAGUAUCUGGGCUACAAGAUACCCAAGGACACAGUUAUCAUCACCAACGUCUGGGCAAUCCACAAUGACCCAAAUCGUCACAAGAACCCAAGGGCUUUCGAUCCGGCGCGGUACCUCCACGACCGCAACUCGAGCCGCCAGUCAGCUCUCUCGCCAGACGUCACACAACGAGACCACUUCCUGUUCGGCUCCGGGCGCCGCUUGUGCUCGGGUAUGGACAUUGCGGAGAAUUCGCUGUUCCUGAGCAUUUCGCGCAUUCUGUGGGCAUUCAACAUCUCCAAGGAAAAGGAUGCCGACGGCAACGAGAUUACACCUGAUCCGGAUGAUAUUGUGGGAGGGUUAGCGGCGAUGCCUGCCAAGUUCCCGGCCAAGAUCCUGCCGCGAAGCGAGCAAAGAGAAAAGGCCGUGAGAGAUGCAUGGAAAUCGGCACAGGAACAUCUGCACGAGGGCACCGGGCAGUGGAACCAUGUGCCGGAAGACCUGCCAUAUGCGCAGGUUAACAUCAAGUCGAAGGUGUGA